AUGCCACCGCCGGCGCAGCCGCUUUACGCCUGCGCCGCCCUCGACGUUCUUGAUGCCUUUCUUCGCCCGCCCACCACCACCUCCCGCUUCCUACCGCCGAGACGGAAGACGCUGCCGCCACCGGUGCCUGAUACAACACGAGUUGCGUCAGCCGCGCUCUUUCUGUGGGCCGUCUCACGCCCGCCUGCCCACGAGACUCGUAAGCGGCCUCGCGUCGGCCGCGACUUGGCCCUCGCGUGCUUGACGAGCAAGGUCGGGAGGCCGACGACGCCGGUGCGUCGGACGACCCGUGUUCGUGCGAAGAAAGAUGGCGCGAGCAGGGCGCGGUGCGGCGAAUGCGCUGCGUGUUGCGUGCGAUGCGUCGGCUUCGACAAUCGAACCAUGUGCGUGGCGGGCGCCGAUGAGCUCGUACAGUACGGUGGGUGCAAGACAUUGCAAGUGUGGGAGCGGGCGGACGGACGAAUGAAUGAAUGCGUGUGCACCUUGGCCAUGCCGUCCGCUCGCUCGCACCGAGUAAUAAUACUGUACGUGCGCGAAGGAGGUGCAGACGAGAUCGGUCCCCCCAUCCGGCCACGCCUUGCGUCUGCCGUGGCUGCUGCGCUGAAGCAGGUCAUAAUGCGGGCCACGGGCCAGAGAUUCGCUGGUGCCGCCGAGGAAUCGAGGCUUGACACGGCGCCGUUUGUCGAGCCUCGAAUCUGUUUCGCCUCCCGUCCGUUCCAGCCAGUCCGCCGGGGUCCGAGGCUGUUGGCCCAAGUCGGCGUAGGGGUUAAUCAAAUAGUGCCUGUGCAAGGGUGGGCUCGCCCGCUGCCUCUGCGCUUCGGGGGGGGCGGGCAUCGGUGCUCUGGUGGCAUCUGGCCGUUGAUCAAUGUCGUCCAAUGCUUGCGGCAACUACGGAGUGUGAUGAAUGAAUACGCACUCGCGGCCAUGGCACCGUCCACGCUGGCUGCCCGGUACCGUGUACAAGCAAGCACAUGCGCCGGCGCUGUUAACUACGUGCUCGCCACCGAGACGAGUAAGUAA